GACGUCUGCUGGAAUCCGCCGGGCUGGAGAUAUUGUGCAGUCAGCGGAAGGAGGGAAGGGUGACGUCAGCAAAAGGAGCCCACAGAGGGAGGCGAGCGGUGUGACAAAGCAAACACAACACUGCUAUAAGGAUGGUGCGGAUUUUAGCCAAUGGAGAUAUUGUACAAGAUGAUGACCCUCGAGUACGACAGACCACUCAGAGUAGGGAGAACUCAUCUCGACUCCUGAGGAAUGGUGGCUUUUUCAACACAACAACAAGCACGGUCCCUAACCCACCGCAGCACUACCAGCGGCAGCAGCAGCGCCAGGGCGUGAGGCCUGGGGAGCGUUCACCGUUUUCAGACAUCAAUCAGCAGCUGGUGAACAUGGGCUUCCCCACUUGGCACCUUGGCAACCAGGUGGUGGAGCCAGUGAUGUCCAUCUUGCUGCUCUUCCUGCUUAUGAUGGUGGGCGUGCGUGGCCUGCUGUUGGUGGGCCUCAUUUAUGUUGUGUCCCACUUAAGCCAACGAUGACAUGGACUCCUGCACAGACUACCAAUUGCUUGAUGGAUUCAGAGCCAAUAUUUUUGUCCAAUGUAUGAAUGUGGGUUAGAGAGAGAAUGUAUGUAUGUAUGUAUGUAUGUAUAUGUGUGUAUGUGUUUAAAACAAAUUCUCCUUGCUCAAGAACUUUUGUAAACCGUGUUUCCAAGAGACAGAAUUAAGCAACUUGGAGUAUGAGUUAAUGAGGAUGUACCCUUUUCUUUCCCUUCCUGCUUUAGCUUGAAGUGAGCCAUUUUUCAUUCUGGGCCCACGGUAGUCUUCUGGUAGAAAUGUUAGCUUUCCUUUUCACUGAGGGUACCAUCUCAUGGUUAUCAAGGGAACUUUAUUUUGGACUUUCUUCUUUAGCACUAACGGUGAGAGCUCAGUCUCUGACAGAGAAACAUUUGAAAUGUAGCUCAGGAUCCACUUAACCCUAAUCUGUAAAAACAGACCUUGGUAAGAUUCUGAAGGUUAGUUAACUAUUUGACUAGUGAAGUUACUGAGGUUGUAGAUUCAAGCUUAAACCAAUGGUGUGAGUAUCACCUAUUACUUUGGAAAUACCUGUCUGGAUCUCUAAAGUAGGCAGGUGUUUUAGAUGGGUGGGAAAUCAUACCUUCUACUGUGGUGAGAGAAUUGGAAAGCCCUCUUCAGCGUGAGAGAGGUUCAGGGUCAUGUACAAAGGUAGCCCUUGGAACUAUACCAGGCUAGUUCACACUAUUGGGAUCUCUCCCUUCCUGCCAUGCAAACAUUGGGUGUGUGAACUGGGCACACAAAUCAGUGUUUGUGAGCAAGAGCCAUUUAUCCUUGGGAGCAUAAACGUGGGCCUUGGCAUCUGGGAGGCAGUCGUGUUGGAAUCAUUGCAUUUUUAUAAAUAGUGCCGCUUGGUGUAUUAUAUUCAAAGGUCACUCCUCAGGUAUUUAUCUGGAGACUGCCUUAAGCAUCAGCUGGGCCAUUAUUUUGCAAUGUGAUUAUGUGCAAUGUUUGUAUGUGUUACUCUUGGGGUGGGGGUUGUUACUGAAUGAGACUGCAAUUUAUGUAGGUAAAACGAUUCUUGCUGCUUUAAAUAAGCAGAAUUAGUGGGACAGAGCAAGUAUCCAUGUGUAACCUGGCGAGACACUGCCCCCCAAAGCUUUGUCUGCUAGUAUUGUCUGCCUCCUAAAAUAGCGCAGAGAAAUUGAGGUGAAGCAAAGAGAAAGCUGUUUGUAAAACUAUCAUCAAGGCUCUUUAAUUCUAAAUAUAAACUCUUUCUUUCUCUCGCCCUUGAUAUUUCCUUUCUAAGCAGAGUAUAGCUACAUUUCUUUUUCUGUUUCCUUUUGGCCUAAUCACAAGCUUGAAAAAAAAAUCAUAAAUAUCUACCUGCUUUAGCUCAAUUCUUAUUUUAUAAAUUUAGGGCAACUUGCAAUAUAUUUAAAGCCAAAACAUAAAAAUAAAUCUAUAGCUCUUGAUUUAGUUACAAAAACAUCAUAUGGGACAGGAAAAAUCUCUUUUAUCUCCUUUUGAAAAAUGCUAAUUUUAAAAAUGGGGGGGGUUGGUUGGAAGAACGAAUAUAUGGGGAACUGCAAGAGCAAAAGUUCUUUUUUCUUGCAAAAAUUCAAACUGCAGCUUAUCUUGGUGAAUAUCAGUUCCAUAAAUUCCUUCUCCUAAUUUCCACUACUUAACAUGUAAGUGUUAUAUAAUGGGUUUAGCUGCUGGCCACAUAAUUCAGGAGUUGUUGUUUAUUUGUCUAGUCGCUUCCGACUCUUCGUGAUUUCAUGGACCAUCUCACGCGAGAGCUUCCUGUUGGUCGUCGCCACCCCCAGCUCCCCUAAGGUCGAGUCUGUCCCCUCUAGAAUGUCAUCCAUCCAUCUUGCCCUUGGUCGGCCCCUCUUCCUUUUGCCCUCCACUCUCCCUAGCAUCAGCAUCUUCUCCAGGGUGUCCUGUCUCCUCAUUAUGUGGCCAAAGUACUUCAGUUUUGCCUUUAAUACCAUUCCCUCAAGUGAGCAGUCUGGCUUGGAUCUUCUUGCAGUCCAAGGCACUCUCAGAAUUUUCCUCCAACACCACAGUUCCAAAGCAUCUAUCUUCCUUCUCUCAGCCUUCCUUAUGGUCCAGCUCUCGCAGCCAUAUGUUAUGGGGAAUACCGUUGCUUUUACUAUGUGGACCUUUGUUGUCAGUGUGAUGUCUCUGCUCUUAACUAUUUUAUCGAGAUUUGUCAUUGCUCUCCUUCCAAGAAUUAAAUGUCUUCUGAUUUCCUGGACGCAGUAGGAAUUCCUGAAUGCAAAGGAGGUUUAAUGGAACAGUGGGUUGAUCAAAGCAUGCCUCAGGUGUGUAUACAUAUUUAAAUGGCAAAUUCAGAUAAUCUCAAGUGUGGGUCUCUGUAUAAGAUAAAUAGGCCCGUCUGCCAUUGUUGCUUUCUGGAUCUGAAAUGCAAUAAAUUUAUGGGAUGCAGGAGGGCUAUUGUGAAUGUGGUAUAUAAAAAGCUUUCUCAUACAAAGUAUCACUCCUCUUGGGAGCAGAAUGGUCUACAGGAAACAGAUAAGGGAGUCCUCAAAAUAUUUUACUUAGAGAAACAGAAGUUUGAAGCUGGAACCUUGGAUGUCCAGAUUGCGGGAAGUAAUUACACUUCUCUACUAUGCCUUGGUCAGGCCUCACUUGGAGAACUGUGUUCAGUUGUGCAUGCCCCAGUUUAAAAAGGACGUUGAUAAACGAGCAAGUCCAGAGAAGGGCUACCAAGAUGGUGAAAGGAACAAGUCCAACGAGGAAUGGCGAAAAGACCUAGGAAUGUUUAGCUUGCAGAAGCAAAGUUUGAGGGGGGGACACAAUAGCUGUCUUCUAAUAGCUGGAAUGCUGUCACAUUGUAGAGGGUUCAAACUUAUUCCACUUGCUUUAGAGCGGUGUUUCUCAACCUCAGCCACUUUAAGAUGGAUGGACUUCAACUCCCAGAACUCCCCAGCCAGCCAGGCUGGGAGUUGAAGUCCACACAUCUUCAAGCAGCCAAGGUUGAGAAACACUGCAGAGGCUAAGACCUCCAUGGAAGGGGAUAGCAUCUCCUUCCUUCCUGGUUCUUGGGUUGCUGCUUCUCUCUUGAGGGCACUUUAAACUGGAAGAAGAGUUAUUGGGAGAAUUGUCACAUCUGGCUAUCAUGCACUGGGUAGCUUCCUCAUCUUCUAAGAGCCCAUCCAAGAAUAGCUUCUGAGGCUAAUUGCUCAUUGUGCUGUCACUUGUUUUCUAUUCUGGGGAAACUGGGAGUUGCAGCCUGUUGAGCGUUGCACCCAGUAGUUAAACUGGAGGAUAUUUUUCCCCCAAUUCAAGGGUGCUGAAAUCUGAACCUGUGGUGGGAAAUGGCCCAACAAAAGGAAACCCCGUUAAAUAGCUAAUUGGGUCAGAAGAAUCAAUCCAUACUUAGAGUAACUGCAAAUGUGGGUGGCUUUCAGCUUCCAUACUCGUGUAUGCAGACUGCUCUAAACCUGAUAUGAGGAUGGAUGGAGGGGAACAAUAACAGAGACUCCAUCUGGUCUUGAGCUUUUUGGACAAAAACUAUUUCAAUUUCCUACGGUGUCCUGGAGCAGUAAGCAUUUUAAAAAACUCUAAUGCAGUGUUUCUCAACCUUGUCAACUGUAAGAUGUGUGGACUGGCUGGGGAAUCCUGGGAGUUGAAGUCCACACAUCUUACAGUUGACAAGGUUGAGAAACACUGCUCUAAUGUGUGUUUAUUUAAAAAACAUGCAAACAUGAUUGAUACAGUAAAAUAGCAUAGGAAACAUUUCUGAAAAAUCUUUAAUGGCUAUUUAAAAGGAAGGAUAUGCGAUAACUAAUUGUUUCAAGAGAUUUACCCUUCCCCAAAGUAGAAGCGAAUGAAAUGGCAUGUUUUAUCUGUCUUUUACUUGGUAGAAAAGAGAGAGCGUGAAAACACAAAACAGCAAACUGGAUCUAGGCAGCAUGUAUAUGAGUGUGUUUGUAACUGUGCAUUACUGAUUUUCAGUUGCAGUUGCUACAGGAGAAUGCAGUAUGUGGGUUCCUUUGGUACCUUGUUCCUUUAAAAAUAAUAGAUUUAUAUUUUGAAGCAAGGCCUGCAAAAUGAAAUUAACACAUGAUCACUUCAAAUUGCCAUAUAGAGGAAUAGAAGAUUUUAAAAAUUGAGGAGCAAACAUGUCUUCUGAAGUAAAUAAAAUGGUGCAGUGGAUUGGCAGAACAUGGCAAGAGUUUAGUUAAUAUUUAUGGCAAUGAAUUACGUUCCAAACAUAUCUCAGUUAUCCUUACAAUAACUGCAAUGAAAUCCAGAAUUAUUGUAAUACUACUGAUAACUAUCCAUGGCCCCCAUAAAUUUAUAGCAGGAAUAACCUUUGAACCAAGAGAUUCUUUUCUUAUACAGUCUGUAGCCCAAGAGGCUGUGUGUGUGUGUGUGUGUGUGUGUGUGUGUGUGUGUGUGUGUGUGUGUAUGUAUGUAUGUAUGUAUGUAUGUAUGUAUGUAUGUAUGUAUGUAUGUAAGGGACAGCCAUUCUUGCAACACAACCCACAUCCCAUCCUUGUGUCUGUUUACUUGAGAGUUUAUUUAUUUAUUUGUCAUAUUUCUCUCCUGCCCAUCUCGCAUAGAAUGACUGGGCAGCUUAAAAGUUACUUCUGUGUUGGGAGUAAGUCCAAUUCAAUUUAAUGCAAUUUCUGAUUUAGAUAUGAAUGACAUUGCAUUGUUAAUUUCUUAAUCCAUGCAACAACUACGGUUGAAGACAUAGAUAUGAAGUAAAUCUGGAUUAUUGGAAUUCCCAGAACACUUUUGCUGGCAAUUCUUCAGUUCAUGUUUAGAAUUUUCUUACCCUGCAUUGUUGCAUUUUGCUUUUCUAUGUAACUUGUAAGAACAUGGUUUUGACAAAUUGAUGCUUUGGGCUGCAAGAAGAUUAAAAAUUCAUUUUUAGGAACAUAAUGUUUUCUGCUGAAUUUCAAAACUGAAGUUCAAAAGCUGUUUUGACACAUGCUUCAUUGUUUGAUUCCUAAUAUAGUCUAUGGCUCAGGAGGCACUGUGUGUAUAUAUGUAAGGGAUGGCCUUUUUUACAGCACAUCCCAUACUUCUUCCUCUACUUCUGUUUUCAGCUUAAGUCUGAUCAGCUCUGGUUAUUCAUCCUUUUUCCCUUCCCCUUCACAUAUUGUUAAUUGUGCAAUAAAUCCCAGAUAUUUCUGUGACUUUUCCCA